GUAAAUUCACAGAUAAUCCGACCCAGUAUAUUAAUCUUAACUCUAACAAAUACGAGCAUAUAUACGAUCCAGAAACUGGUUUUAUUAGAGUUAUGAAUAAAUUUAUAGGGUCGCCUGGCUUAAAUCGUCAACCGGAAAAUUCAAUUUCGGCCAAUCACGAGUUGAGAAAACGUCUCCAUAUUACAUAUACUUUGUGGAUAAGAAUAUGCGAGAACGAAACUCGAAAAGGCAAUGAGAAAAUGUUAGUUAUGGGACUUUGGAAUCUCUGUAAUUCCGGAUCGUCGUUGCGAUUAGCCAACUUCGCGCGAUCGUCACCUCAAAAGGGUUUCAUUCGUGCACCUAAGAUGAAAUACUCUGCAUAUUCACAGACCUUGAUAUUAAUUGUGUAUGGCAACAUUUCUGUGGAGGUUGAAUAA